AUGGCUGGAUCUCGUUUGUUCCUUCGCUCCUCUAAUCUUUCGCAUUCACUAUUUCAAACAGCUUCUAAUGCACGGCUAUCCAAUGUCGCUGUUAGGAAGUUCUCUGCUCCCUCGACUCCGCUCAUGAAAGAUGUGAUUUUGGACUUGUAUUUGAAGGAGAUGAAACAAUACAAACCCUCGCUAGAGAAAAUUGGAGCUGAAGUUGGUGCGGCGAAAGAAUUGCACAUGCCAUCGCCACAAAAGGUUCAGAUAACUUUAUUAUUGAAUGAUGAGCAGCAUCUUCCUCCUGUGAUCGACGGAGAUUAUUCAACGCAAUUGGCAUCAUAUGAAGUUGAUGAGCCAGAACCAGAAGCGGCUGCUGUUGAGACAAUCUUAGAAAACGAAUUAUUGGGCGGUUUGGAAGAACGACCACCUCCUCUUGACACUCUUUUCACCCCGCCCCCCGAAUCUGCAGGUCAUUAA